GAGACGUGUCUGUCUCAGCUGCUCUACGGUUUGGGCCGGAUGAACGGGAAUGCUGAUAUGCGAAGUGAUGACGUCCAGAAAAAUGUCGACGCCCUUCUCGACAAGAUCUGGACUUCUAAACUCUUUUCGAUCCUCUCCGGUGAAUGUAGCGUCGUGGAUUCGCCUGCUCCGAUAAGAAUACGACAGAGUCAGCACCUAGCAAACGCCGCCUGGGCGAUCGCUGCGUUAGCCGAGUCGCGACACACCGUACGAGAUCGGAGCAGCACGGUAUCAGCGAUUUUGACGCGCCUCCUCAGUCCUCAGAAUGUGGAGAAUGUUUUUGGACCUGGAAGCGAGGAGAGGGAGCUCUCUGAUAGCUGUACCGACAAGGUGGAUUUGCGACACGCAUCCACCCUGUGGUUUGUCUGUCGCAAGUCCCCGAUUGUGCCUGGGACACUAUUGCGCAACUUGGGCGCUCAUUUAGAGCCGCACUUCCAACUCAGCAGUACGGGAGGUAUAGGUGGUGAUCGUUCUGCAUCUUCGCAUGAAGUAAAAAAUGGUACGGAUGAAGAGACGUCGUCGAGAACUAGCACAAGCGCAGGCGCAGAAGUAGAAGCGUUUGCGGCAUUUUUCGCACUGCAAGCUUGCGUCCGUUGCCGAUACAACGCGCCGUUCGUACUGGGGCUGGCAAAAUGGUUUGUGAAUAGGUGUCCUGCUCAUUUAUGCCUUGCACAUAACAUCGGGGGCCCGGCAGCAUUGGGCCUUGUGACUCUCGCAGUUCUGGAGGCUGAACGUGAAGGGUCGAAGUCGAUUGAAGACACGAAAGUCCUGCGUUUUUGCGGUCAAUGGCUAGAGAUGUUGUUUGCAGAACUGGAACGCACAAACCCGUCGUGGGAUUUAGCUGUUUCCCAGAGUAGUGAUACCGCAGACUCUGCUUCGUGUUCAGGCAACCGAAUAUUCGGCCACAAGUCACUCAAUGGAACGGAAAGGCUGUGCGCGCUUCGACAGGGUUGGCGAGCCUAUAGAGCCUUUCAGAUUCUCACAUCGCAUCAUGAGAGGCAUGAGGCCUUGCAUGUUGAUAUAAGAAAGUCCACUCAGCACGGAAACGUUAGCGUGUCGAAAAGAGACGGAGAAGAAGUAAUAUCAACCUGCAAGAAUGGCGUGCAACAUUUAGGCGAUGACGAUCCAUCUGGCAAUCCUUGCUCAGAGCAGCAGCUUCGACGCUGUGUCUCUGAGUUGUUUCCCGAUUGUAAGGUGCAGAGUGAGUUUUCGGUUACAGGAGAUGAAGACUUUCUGGUAGACAUAUAUGUGCCAGAACGUCGCUUGUGCAUUGAGGUAAAUGGUCCCUCGCACUAUUUCGAGUAUCAGCCUGCUGUAAGUAGUUCUACUACACCAAAAGCUAUUGGUCGAAAUCUUGGCGCAGUGCUCCGAAACGACGAGAAAAAGAAUGAUAUCCACCUUCAACAAGGCGAAGAGGUCAAUUUUCCUUCGGGUUCAGGCUCCAAUUCAGACGACUCCACGAAAAUGCUGUGUGGCGAAGAUAGCCUGAAACGGGCAGUCUGUGAGGCAGCCGGCUAUUCGUUUUACGCACUGGACCUUAUCAAAGCGAGAAAAGAAAUGCCGGGGAAAAUGAAGGAAUAUUUGGCUAAGGAAUUGUGCGCAUACCAAUUUUGAAAAUCGAAAUUCUUUGUGACACGAAAAUUGCUUUUUCCAUCACCUGGGGUGAGAAAACGCUGGAUGGCUGUAAACGGGAAACGCAGAAGAUGAUGACUAAUCGCGCGCAAUUUGUAAUGAAGACGAUCCACAUUGAUAGGGAGUCAUCGAG